CCGCCCCGAAAGUGGCUCUCGGAGCCGGAGCCGCGGCGCAGAAGGCGGCUGGGCUCCAGGCUGCGCAGGCCGAUCCGCACCGAGCAGGACCCGAGGCCCCUUCCAGCCUGCGCUCCUGCCCGGGUCGGGCUGGGCCGGCUGCACCUCGGCCGCUGCCUCCGCUCCUCCUCUGCCCCCUUCCGUCCCGCUCGGAGCCUCGGCCGGACUCAUGCGCUCCGAGGCGGGGUCACGGCGCGGCGCGGCGCGGGAGCCUCUCUGCCGGCGGCGCUAGCGAUGCGGCGGCUCCCCCAGCCGGGCUCCGGGUGACACACGGUGGCGCAACAUCGGCCCUCCCCAAAUAACCAUGUAUUCCCCCUACUGCCUGACCCAGCCCCCACCUCCUUUCCACUCCCCCCCAGCCCCGCAACUCCGUUGAGUCCAGAAUUUCAGAACCUGGUGCCUAGCUUUGCCGGGAUGAGACGGAGCAAUGGAUGAAUUCCACCCCUUCAUUGAGGCCCUCCUCCCUCACGUCCGUGCCUUCUCCUACACCUGGUUCAACCUGCAAGCCCGCAAGCGCAAGUACUUCAAGAAGCAUGAGAAGCGGAUGUCCAAGGACGAGGAGCGCGCUGUGAAGGAUGAGCUGCUGGGUGAGAAGCCUGAGAUCAAGCAAAAAUGGGCGUCCCGGCUCCUGGCCAAGCUGCGCAAAGACAUCCGCCCCGAGUUCCGCGAGGACUUCGUGCUGACCAUCACCGGCAAGAAGCCGCCUUGCUGCGUCCUCUCCAACCCUGACCAGAAAGGCAAGAUCCGGCGCAUCGAUUGCCUGCGGCAGGCCGACAAGGUGUGGAGACUGGACCUGGUUAUGGUCAUAUUGUUCAAAGGGAUCCCCCUCGAAAGUACUGAUGGGGAGCGGUUGUACAAAUCACCGCAGUGCUCAAACCCGGGCCUCUGCGUCCAGCCCCACCACAUUGGAGUCACAAUUAAAGAACUGGAUCUUUACUUGGCGUAUUUUGUUCACACUCCUGAAUCCGGACAAUCAGACACUUCAAACCAGCAAGGAGAUGCGGACAUCAAACCACUGCCCAACGGGCACCUGACCUUCCAGGACUGCUUCGUGACGUCGGGUGUCUGGAAUGUGACCGAGCUGGUGAGAGUGUCACAGACGCCCGUGGCCACGGCGUCGGGCCCUAACUUCUCACUGGCGGAUCUGGAGAGCCCCAGCUACUACAAUAUCAACCAGGUGACCCUGGGUCGGCGCUCCAUCACCUCGCCACCCUCCACCAGCUCCACCAAGCGCCCGAAGUCGAUCGACGACAGUGAGAUGGAGAGUCCCGUGGAUGAUGUCUUCUACCCUGGCACCGGGCGUUCCCCUGCCGCUGGCAGCAGCCAGGCCAGCGGUUGGCCCAAUGACGUGGACGCAGGACCGGCGUCUUUAAAGAAGUCCGGGAAGCUGGACUUCUGCAGCGCCCUGUCCACCCACACCAGCUCCCCGCGAAUGGCUUUCAGCCACCACCCGCUGCCCGUCCUGGCUGGAGUCCGACCAGGCAGCCCCCGGGCCACAGCCUCGGCCCUGCACUUCCCCUCGACGUCCAUCAUCCAACAGUCCAGCCCCUACUUCACCCACCCGACCAUCCGCUACCACCACCACCAUGGGCAGGACUCGCUCAAGGAGUUUGUGCAGUUUGUCUGCUCUGACGGCUCCGGGCAGGGCGCCGGGCAGCCCAGCGGAGGCGGGCAGGGCAAAGUCCCAGGGUCUUUUUUGCUGCCGCCGCCCCCGCCCGUGGCCAGACCCGUGCCCCUUCCAAUGCCCGACACAAAGGCCAGCAGCGCCAACCCCGAGGGCGGAGCCCCGACGCCGGCGUCACCCUCAUUCGCAGCGCCAGGCUCCUCCACUGCCAACCGGUUUGUCGGCAUCGGACCCCGGGACGGCAACUUUCUGAACAUCCCCCAGCAGUCUCAGUCUUGGUUCCUCUGAUGGAAUCUCCCAGGGAGAGACCCCCUGCGCCCCCAUCCCCACCGCCCGCGGGCACCUCCGUCCAGACCUGGGGUCCCCACCUGCUCGCUUGCCCCCACGCGCUGGAGCCAACCACCACCGACGAGGUCUGUGCCCUCCAACCUGGAGACUCCCAACGCCUCCUGGACCUGCUGGCACCAGCCCCUGUGGCAGCUUGGGUUGGGGGGGCUCAUGCCCCCUGGCCCAGACCCAGCAGCAUUCAGGGCUCAGGGUGCUUAUGUGUGCUGGGAGCAAGUUCCCCCUGCCAUCCAUGAGCAGGGCUGCCGAGGAUUCUGGACAUUUCCCAGCAUGCUCAGCAGCCAAAACCUGGGGUGGGGGUGGCCAGAGGCUUCUCCCAGCAAACAUAAGCGCCAGGACCUGGGAGCGGUGUUUGGCUCCCUGCAUGCCAGCCCCCCUCCCCCCCACAGGGGAGGGGGCACCAGUACAACCAGAUACCAGGGGGUGCUGGUGGCUGGGGGUGGGGCACAGCCUGGGCAGGGGUCUCUGCUGGGAGUGGGGGGGCAGAGAGGCCCCCAAGCUAAGUCCCCUGGGGCAGCCCCCCCCACCCCUCCCCACCCCCUGCUUCCCUCCUGUGUCAGGCGUGACUGGCCGGUUCCUCGCCCCCCACCCUUGUGUCUCUCACCCGCGCUUUGGAUCCCGUGUUUGAGUUCUAUGAUGAUUGUUUUGACACGACGCGUUUCUGUGAUGUUCCCUGAACCACAGCGAGCCGCUAGGCCUGGGUCUGGGGUGGGGGAUGGCCACACAUGUGACCCCCCUCCACCUACACGCCUUGCCCACGGGGUCCUGGCUACCACCAUCUAGCCAUAAACCGUGGGCAAGAGCCGGGACCCUCCCCCCACCACCCCCUUCCCCGCCGCAGCCCCUGGUGCCGUCCGGGCCGGGCGGAAAGGGAUCUGUGCCGAUGACACGCGCGUGCACGCACACACAUGCAGCGAUCACAUGGCUACACAUACACACACACACAUACACACACCACAUCUUCUCCUUCGCACACUGAAAAACCCAAAGGAAACCCAAUGUAGGCAGGAUGGGGCCUUCCCUCACCUCCCCACCACUUCCUUCUACAGGGGCAGCCGCUGCCCCAAAGCAGCUGCCUCUGGGGCAGAAUGCUGCAGCAGCCACAUAUAACAGCCAUAGGAGGAAGGAUGGACUGGGGGGAAAAGGGGAGAAUUUGGCCCUAAUUAUGGGCUCUCGUUUGGAAUCCCCUAAAGGUGAAACCUGUUGUAGUCAAAAUCCCUGAUCCCCCACCUCAAAGGAUCAUGGGAGAAACCAAUGAGUUGCCUGCUGGGCUGUGCAUGGUCUGUCAAUUCUGACACCUGCCUCCCCCCACCCCCUUCUCAUUGGCAUGGGGGGGGGUUGUUCCUUCCUGCUCUGCUCACUCGGGUAGGGGGCAGGGAGAUGCUGGGGGGUGGGGCAGAAACCUGCCCCCCCCCAAUUGAAAUGCAAUGAUGUUCCAGUCCCAGUGGAGAAACAGGGUCAUAAUGGGAGGACUGGGGUGCUGUUACUGAGUCCCCACCCCUCUCCCCGCCACAGCUCCCCCCCAGGUAGGAGUCAGAGCCUGGCACAGAGCAGCUCCCAGCUUGUUGGGGGGAACCCUGGAGCCCUGCCCUGCCAGUGCCCCCUGCGCCUACCCCAGCACACAGCUGCAGGACAGCUGGGCACCCCUGGGGCAGCUGGGCAGGGGAAAGGUCCAGAACAAACUUGUCCCCAAGGGCAUAAGGUUGCCUUCAGUCAGCUGGGAACAAGGCUCUUGGGGGAUCCAAGAGGCCCCCUAUAGGGCAGGGAGGGAGAUCCAGAGCUGACCUGAUGCCCCCAGAUUGAUGCCCUGCAGUCUUGAGUUCCCCCCCGACCCCAGCCCCUCUUCUAGACACCCCGACCCCAGACCCCUGUAGUAUGACACCUCCUUGAAAGAGAGGGGUCCUCAGCCAGCUAGCACUGGACUCCAGACCCUGGUGGGGCUGUGGACUGUUGCCCCCAGGUUCAGCCAGGGUCCCUGGGCUGGGGUGGGGGCACUGAGUGGAGCUUUCCAGGGGGGUCCCAUGAUGGCUCAUGGAUCCCCCACCUCCCCGGUGGGGCUGUUGAAAACCGCUUUAAAAAAAAACCACACAUACACACACACACAAAAAAACCCUUAAAAUAAUAAUAUUAAUAAAAAUAAUUAAAAAAAAUAAAAUAAAAAAAGAGCUAAAACCAGAGCUAUAUAUGGGAAGACCAGUAAUGAACCCACAGGGUUUUCCUUCGAGCCAAGUGCAAUGAUCGCCUAGUUUUAAUAACUUUGUAUGUUAAAAGAUUGUUAAGAAGAAGAGGAAAAAAGAGUCUAUUUUUUUUUCUUGUGCUUGUCCCACAUCCCGGGGACGCUAAAAAUGCGGGGAUGCCCAGCCUUCGGAAGUGUGGGAAAAGCCCUUUUCUUGGGGGAGUUCUUGUCCCUUUAUUUUUGCAUCCAUUUCCCAUAUAUAUAUAUAAAUAUAUAUAUAUAUAUAUAUAUAUAUAUAAUUUUUUUCCUUCUCAUUUGUUGUCGUAUAUUUUUUUUCCUCCUGAGGACUCCUGGGUUCUUCCUCCAGGAGCCAUGUCAUUAUUGUUGGGUUUGUUGUGUUUUUUUUUUCUGUUGGUUUUUUCUUUUUUUUUCUAUUCCUCCUUUGUCUUCGUGGGAAUAUUUUUCUUUCUUUUUUGGGGGGGAGUGGGGGCAAAAGGGAUUGGGUUUUAUUUUUUUUAUGGGGGGGAGGCUUUUUCCCACCAAGAAAAAAAAAGAAAAAGAAAGAGCAAGGUUCCCUCUGGACCUGGACAGGAAUAAGGCAAAAUUAAAAAAAAAAACAAAAAAAAAACCACGGGAAAAGGAAAAAAAAUAACAGAAAAUAAAAAAAGAAAAAAAAUUUAAAAAAUCAAGCAAAGCCGCAAAGAAACAAAAAAGGCUGAAAAAACCAUAUAUAUAUAAAAAAAGAGAAAAUGAUUAAAAAAGACAAAAAAAGAAGAAGAACCGAACCCACAAACCCUGGUGCUUUUCCAAUAUAAAGGACAUUAAGACUCUAUUAUACAUAGUUUAUGAACCAAUUAAUUGUUAUCAUAAAGCACAUGUUAGGCAACACGCAUUAUCCUCCUUUAUGUUAAGGCCAAGGCAGGGCGGAGCAGCGGCCCGGAGCCGGGGUCUCCCCAGCUUGGGGGGCUGGGGCAGCGCUGGGGGCUAAGGGGGCACUGGAGCAGCGGGAGCAACCCCGGAGACCCUUCCCCAGGGCCCAGGACAGGGGGACUGGCCCCUGUCCUGGGCGCAUGGAGCAGGGGGCCCAUCUCUCUCCAGGGCCCAUGGAGCGAGGAUCGAUCCCUGUGCAGGGCCCAUGGAGGGAGCGGGGACCGGCCCUUUCCCUGGGUGCAUCACGGAGCGACCCCUCCACAGCCCCUGCCCCGCUCUCAGCAACCCCCGCCCAAACUGUCCCGCGGGUCCCCCCCGCAUCAGGAUCGGGGCCCCUCCCCUCUCCCCCCGUGGGUUUCUUUGGAGCCAAGCGCCAAGUUCAUCUCACCAGCAUUUCCGCCCCCACGGAGCCCCCCCCCGGGGCAGGAGCCGCCCCCCCGCCCCCCCCCCGGGGCAGGAGCUGUCCCCCCGCCCUUCCCUCCUCGUCCCGCCCCGGGAGGGCCCGAUCCCGCGGGUGCCUUAUCGCGGCCGGCCGCGGCCGCUGUGCCUUCCACGCCCCCCGCCGGGGCAGCCGCGUAGCUGGCUCCGGCGGGGAGGGAGGGGGGGCUGCGAUCGACCCCCCCCUCCCCCCCCCCAGUCGAACCUCCCCCCCACCCCACCCUCAAAGCAAUAAGAUCCGGGGUCCGGCAGGGGACGCCCCGCCCUGCUGGGGGGUCUCGAUCCGCAUCCCGGUCCUGAUCCGGAUGGAAGAGGGGGCUUGUCUCUCCCCGCCCCCCAGCCGGGCUCAGGAGACCCCUGAAAGGCGCCUCCAGCCCCCCUCCCCCCCACUCAGCCCCCCCGCCCCGGGGUCGCCCCCUAGCUCCCGCUGCUCCCCCCCGCCUCUCGCUCCAGGCCAAGCCCAGUGCGCCCCCGGCCUGGCCGCGGCCCCCGGGCUGCGCCCCCCGCCCCCGCUCUCGCGAACAAGUUUCUUCCUAGGCGAAGAGACGCAGUAUGUAUCCGUGCAGUACAGUAUGAUAUCGCCCGGCCCGCCCCGCUCGCUCUCCGCCCGCUCCUCCCCGCAUCCACAAUAAAGCGUAGUUCUCGUU